UAUAUCCUGAAGCGUCUGGCUGUCCUGGUAGAGACAUCUGAGUACAGCCACAGGCCUGGAAUAUCCUAAGAGGGUAAGAAUAGCCAUAAUAAGAAAUGACUCCCGCCGUUCUGGUCCCUGCAGUUGUCAGGAAUGCUGUGCCUCAGAGGCAAGCAAGUGGCUUAGGGCUGUCUCAACUUGGAGGCAGAGACUUGCUUCCUAGCCUGGGCUCAAAUCUUUCCUUUCACAGCUACAACUCUCACCUUUGUAGCUAAAAUACAUUUAUUUCUGCAAGAACUUUCCACCUCCUUGGUGAACACCGGCCUCCACAUCUCCAGCAGCCUUGAGUCCAUGGUGGCGUUCUGGAAGCAUGGAGAACUUGGACUUGUUGGGCUUCCUCAUCAUCACAUUAAACUGCAAUGUGACCAUCGUGGGAAAGAUCUGGCUUAUCUUCAUGAUACUGUUGAGGAUGGUGGUGCUCAUCUUGGCAGGGUACCCCAUCUACCAGGAUGAGCAGGAGAGAUUCGUUUGUAACACUCUGCAGCCAGGAUGUACCAACGUUUGCUAUGACAUCUUCUCUCCUGUGUCCCAUCUGCGGUUCUGGCUGAUCCAGAGUGUGUCUGUCCUUCUGCCUUAUGUGGUUUUCAGUGUCUAUGUCCUCCACCAAGGAGCCCAGCUUGCAGCCCAAGGAGCCUGCUGGUCAAAUGGAGUUGCCACGAGCCAUAAGCCUUCUGACCUGACCCCUGGGGAGAGGCACUGCCCACAGCCCUGCAGGGCGGGGUGUAGCCUGAGUGUGCCAGAUUUCUCCUCUGGCUAUGUCAUCCACCUCUUUUUUCGGACCCUGAUGGAAGCAGCUUUCGGGGCCUUGCAUUACUUCUUCUUUGGAUUCUUGGUCCCUAAGAGAUUCUCUUGUACACACUCUCCUUGCUCCAGCGUGGUGGACUGUUAUGUUUCUCGGCCCACAGAGAAAUCCAUUAUGAUGCUUUUCAUCUGGGCAGUCAGUGUGCUCUCCUUCCUCUUCAGCGUCAUUGACCUGAUCUGCAGUGUUCGGAAACGGAGGGGCAGGAAGGGAAGCCUCAGGGAUGGACACUCCUUCCCUAUCAGGAAGGAGUGUGGAGCCAUGACUUCGCCUCCUAACCACACUGAGGGAUGUGAGGCCUCUCAGAGACUGGGGGAGAGGCUAGGUGAGAUGGAUGAGGAUGGCAGAUGGGGGGAAGAGGGGGUGCCCACUCUCCCUGGUGUGUGCACCAGAGGGCAGGAUGCCAACAGCCCCAGCAGUAAAUUGGGGCAGGUGGAGCCCCCCGAUGAAGAUGGGAGUGAAGUGAUGUCCUCAGCCAGUGAAAGGUUGGCCAUGGCUCACAAAGAGCCUGGGGGCAGGUCCCACAGAGAAGUCACCCAGGACACCAGGAGCAAAGGCCUUGCUAGGUCAGAGCAGCAGCCCUCAGCCUCUCGAAGCCACCUGGCUGAGCACUACUCAAGCAGUCAGCUACAGCUCACUGACCGGCUGGCCACCUCUGGCAGCACCUCCCACCUGAGAACCAAAAAGUCGGAGUGGGUAUGAAGAGAGACUGUCAUGCACAGCCCAGCAAGCCCACUUCUCCAGCAUGGGUGUCACUAUCCUGUGCAAAUGACCACAGCCAUGAAGAAACAUACUCGCCUCAGCAGGUGUGAAAUCUGUCACCUGGUAGUUUAUUAACAGGCAGACAGGUGAGCUGGCAUAAGGAAAAAUGGACUUCCUGGAAGACUCUGGUACAGAUUCAAUUUGGAUGAUGCUUGCUGUUGAAAAAACAAAACAAACAAACAAAUAAAACAACAAAAAAAAAACACUGAAAUGUCUGCAUCAGGCUGAAAUAAUUAACUGGAGACUGUAAAGUUUCUGAUUAUCAUGAGAUUGGUAUAUAUGCUACACUAUCAGCAGUCCCAUUAUCUUAUUUUUUUCCAUGGUAUUUGCUUAAAUAAAGCAUGCUCUUUUACAUUAA